AUGUAUUCACUGGUGUUUUUGUUGGUGUGCCCCUUCGCGGCCUCAGCCAACGCCCUGGAAUUUACUUCCGUCUACGAGUGGAAUGAGUUCAAGUUCACUUUGCCUGAUAACUCCGUAAAAAGCUUGGAACCCAGACAAGUUGAAGCUUGGUAUCUUGCAGUGAGUUGCAAAAAGGUUUUCCUCGGAAUCCACCAUGGGAGCAAGACAAUUAAUUACACUUUGGCCUGGCUUCCAACCAAUGCGACAUCAACGACUCCUCAACUUUAUCCUUACCCUUCGUGGGAGGUCCAGGAAAGAGCCAAUUGCCGAAUAAUCCAAAGUGCCAGAGGUUUGACGGUCGACAGCGUUGAUAGACUCUGGGUUCUUGACAACGGCAACAUAAAAUGUCCAGCAAAACUCUUGAUCUUCAAUUUAAAGAACGAUUCCGUGGAGUUCAUCCACGAGUUUCCUCACGACGUCGUAUCCCAUAACUAUGGCGCUAGGUCCCUGCAUGAUCUUGUUCUGGACGAAACAAAAAAUGGCUCAUUUGCCUAUAUAUCAGUUAGAGAAACUCAACACUUCCUUGUUUUCGACUUAACAAGGAAUCGCUCAUGGCGCGUGCAAACCAAGAACAUAUACGUUCAUGCUUUGGCGCUCUCGCCGCUGAAGAACAGGACUCGCCUUUUCGUCAGCCACUACUUCUCCAGAGAACUCUUCUCCAUUUCAGUAUCGAACCUAAGGGCUGGAGAGGAAAAUGUCACGCCAAUAUCAGUUGGACAAAAGUCCUUCUAUUCAAACAGAUUGACAAUGGACGAUAGGGGACUUCUUUACUUUGGCCUGGGGAACAACCGUUCCGUGUCCGUUUGGAACUCAAGUGAAUCAUUCCAUGAAAAGCAGGUUUAUCAGGUCCACUUCCACGCGUCGCAGGAGAGCCGAGUCGAGUAA